CAUCAAACAGCCAGCUAGGGUCCCACAAACAACCCAUGUUCGUCAAAGCAAUUUGAUUUGUGUUGGAGUAAAACAAGUUUUGAGAGUACUACUCAAUCUCAUCAAGAAGAAACCCAAAUACUUUCUGCUUUGAGAGUGCUUGGCUACCCUUUGCAUCGUUUUUCCAGAUUCAUUUAAGAAAACAAUGGCAGAGGCCGUCCUUUCUGCGUCACUCGGAGUCCUGUUUGACCGUAUGGCGUCUCCUGAGUUGCUGGACUUUGCUCGCCGAGAGGGGCUUGAAGAAAAGCUGGACAAGUGGAGGAAAAUGCUGUCAAGAAUUGAGGCAGUGCUUGAUGAUGCGGAGGAGAAGAAGCAAGAUAAUGGCAGGGGCCGCAGGGCUGUGAAAGUCUGGUUGGAUGAUCUCAGAGACUUGGCUUACGAUGUGGAAGACAUACUCGAUGAGUUUGCCACCGAAGCUUUGCGACAGAAAUUGACUGCAGGAAAUCAGGCCACCACAAGUAUGGUACUGCAGAACCUCGUCCCUUCUUGUUUUACUGGUUUCAACAUGAAGCUGGAGUCGGAGAUAGAGGAGAUCACUGCUCGAUUCAACGAGAUGGUGAAGCUAAAAGAUGAUCUGAAAUUGAGUGAAAAUGUUGAGAGGAGAUCGUCCAGAACAAGUCAGACAGUGGCCCCAUCUUCUGUAGUGACCGAAGCUGAUGUUUAUGGCAGGGAAAAAGAUAAAGAGGCUCUACUUCAAUUUUUGGUGGGCGAAAAACGUAGUGAUGCUCAACUCUCUGUGCUUCCUAUACAUGGUAUGGGGGGUAUGGGUAAGACUACUCUUGCUCAGCUUGUGUACAAUGAUGAACAAGUGCAAAGCUUUUUUGAGCUCAAAGCAUGGACUUGUGUUUCUGAAGAUUUUGAUGCUGUUAGGGUGACCAAAACAGCUCUACAAUUUUUCUCCUCUGAAAAUUGUGAGGGUAAGGAUCUAAGUUGGUUGCAAGAGAAACUGAAGGCGAAUCUAAGAGGGAAGAAGUUCCUAGUGGUUUUGGAUGAUCUAUGGAAUGAGAACUACCAGGAUUGGACUCGUCUGCGUGCUCCUUUUGAAGCAGGGGCUCCGGGAAGUACGAUUCUCAUCACUACUCGCAAUCGUGGAGUUUCAUCAAAGGCGGGUACCAUUCCAACUUACCCUUUGAAUGAAUUGUCAAAUGAUAUUUGUUUGUCCAUAUUGGCCCAUCAUGCAUUGGCGACAAGAGACUUCAGUGCAUAUCUAAACCUGAAAGAUAUUGGUGAGGAAUUCGCUAGAAGGUGUAGGGGCUCUCCUCUGGCAGCGAAAGUACUCGGAGGCGUCUUACGCGGUAAAGUAGAUCGUGAUGAGUGGGAAGAUGUGUUGAAUAGCAAUUUAUGGGAUAUAACAGAAGUGAAAAAUGAAAUUGCACCGGCUCUUAUGUUAAGUUAUUACCAUCUCCCUUCACGUUUGAAGAGGUGCUUUGCGUAUUGUUCAAUACUCCCCAAGGACUACGAAUUUGAGGAGAAACAGUUGGUUCUACUAUGGAUGGCAGAAGGUUUAAUUAAGCCACCCGAAGGGAGAAAGCAAAUGGAAGAUUUUGGUAGGGAGGAUUUUCGUAAUCUAUUGUCGAGGUCAUUUUUCCAACGAUCGUUCAACGAUGAAUCAAGAUUUGUGAUGCAUGACCUCAUCAAUGAUUUGGCUCAACAUGUUGCAGGAGAUAUAUGCUUUAGAAGGGAAGACAAAGUUGGGGGUAAUAAUGAAGGGAAACCGUCUAGAAAGGCUCGGCAUUCAUCUUACUUGGCUGGUAAAUAUGAUGGCAUUAAAGAAUUUGAGGUCUUUAAUGAUCUCAUUUGUUUACGAACCUUCAUGCCUUUUAAGCUUUCAUCUGUAGAUUAUUACUUGAUUCGUAAGGUUCCUUUUGAAUUGUUGCCAAAAUUAAGACGCCUAAGGGUUCUCUCUUUGAAAGGAUACAACAUAUAUGAGCUACCAAAAUCAAUUGGUGAUCUGAAGCAUCUAAGGUUCCUCGACCUUUCUCACACUCAAAUAAGAAGCUUGCCUGAAACAGUAGGCACUCUUUACAAUUUACAGACAUUGAUAUUGGAGGAUUGUUCUUCUCUAAAGAAAUUGCCGUCAACGUUUGGAAACCUACUCAACUUGCGACAUCUCAACAUUCAAGGAGCACGUGAAUUGGAAGGAAUGCCUCCGCAAAUCAGUAAAUUAACUUGUCUCCAGACAUUGUCUCAUUUAAUUGUUGGAAAAGAUAGUUGUUCCGGGGUAAAAUUGUUAGGGCCUUUGUCGCAUCUUCGAGAUACACUUUGCAUAUCCAGAUUGGAAAAUGUGAUUAAUCCUGGGGAUGCAAGGGACGCCAGGCUAUUUGAAAAGAAAUCUCUCUCUGGGGUGUCAUUUGAAUGGAGUCGGAACAUGGAUGAGUCAAACGGCAGAGCACAUGAAUUAGAGGUACUUAACAUGCUAAAACCUCACGAGGGUUUGAAAGAGCUCACCAUCAGCAACUAUGGUGGUACAGAAUUUCCAAUGUGGUUAAGAGCUCCUUCAUUUUCUAAUAUGGUACUCUUGAAGAUUGAAAGUUGUUCAAAGUGCACAUCAUUGCCCGCGGUGGGCAAAUUACCAUCACUCAAAGAGGUUUUCAUUAUUGGAAUGGGCAGUGUGAAAAAUAUUGGUCGCGAGUUUUAUGGGGAAGAUUGCUCACAACCUUUUAGAUCCUUGGAAACUUUGCAUUUUCAUGAUAUGCAGGAGUGGGAGAAUUGGAGUCCUUGUGGAGAAUUCCCAAAAUUGCGUAAGCUUUCUAUUAGACGGUGUCCAAAACUGAUGGGUAAGUUGCCAAACAACCUUCCUUUAUUAGAAAAUAUUGUCAUAGAUAGAAGUAGGCAGUUGGUGGUUUCAAUUUCCAGCUUUCCAAAGCUUCGCAAUAUAGAAAUUGAGGGAUCCAAAGGUGUGGUGUGUGGAAAUAAGGUUGACUUCAAGUCACUAAGGUUCUCAUCUCUUUCAACAAUUUCCGAAUUCACAUGUCAAAUAGAAGAGUUCACUAUGGGAGGACUGACAAAUGUUGAAGAUUUAAUUAUUGAACAAUGUGAGGAGUUGACAAAUUUGCGGUUAAAUGACGUGGAAUUACUACAACAUCUCCCAUCCAAAUUGAGAAAAAUCGAGACUACAAGGUGCAAGGCAUUGGAAUCUUUACCCAAGGCAAUGAUGGACAACAGCAUGCAUCUUGAAGAGGUUUAUAUUUCAACGUGUAGUUCAUUGACUCACUUUGCAAUAGGGCAACUACCUCCAACUCUAAAGCAGCUAAAGAUAGAGUGCUGCGACAACAUGCAGAUUUUGGUGGAUGGGGAUGAUAUCAACAAAUUUUGGUGGUGCAGCAAAUCUCUUCUUGAGUACUUGGAAAUUAGGCGGUGUCCAUCCCUCAAAUCCUUAACGUCAAGUGGAGAAUUACCAGCAACACUUAAAUGCCUCAAAAUUCAUGAUUGUGAGAGGUUGGAGUCGAUAGCGAAGAGCUUCCAUGACAACUCGUCUCUUGAAGUCAUUGAGAUCUACUGUUGUAAUAACCUUAAAUCCUUACCCAUGGGCAUACACAAGCUCAGCCAUCUAGAUCAUUUUUUUAUUGACGGAUGUCCCAUUCUUGGUUACUUCCCAGACAACGGGCUGCUCCCUACCAACCUGAAAGCACUUACGAUUGAGGACUGUAGGAAAAUCCAAGCCCUGCCCAACUUCAUACAUAGCCUCACCUCUCUUCAAAAAUUGGAAAUACUAGAUUGUCCAAGAAUUUUAUCAUUUCCGGAAGUAGGUUUCCCCACCAACCUAACAUCACUUUCUAUUUAUGACACUUUUGAGGGGGAAUUGUCUAAGCUUACCUCUCUUAAAAAACUUGUAAUUCAUAGUGACUCUUCGCAUCUGGUGUCCUUUCCAGAGGUGGGGCUACCUGCCUCUUUAACGAGCCUCAACAUUCAAAGCUUCCCGGAUCUGGAAUGCAUCUCUUCCAAAUGCUUUCAAUUCCUCGCCUCUCUUGAAAAAUUGAGUAUCGAGUGUUGUGAAAAGCUCACGUCCUUUUGCCAGGAUGGCCUGCCUCCCUCACUCACGAGUCUUUCUAUCUCUACUUGCAGAGAGUUCACGUCCUUUCCAAAGGUUGGACUGCCUCCCUCACUCACGAGUCUUUAUAUCUAUAAUUGCAAAAAUUUCGCAUCCUUUCCAAAGGUUGGACUGCCUCCCUCACUCACGAGUCUUGAUAUCGAUAAUUGCGAAAAUCUCGCAUCCUUUCCAAAGGUUGGACUGCCUCCCUCACUCGCGAGUCUUUCUAUCGGUGAUUGCGAAAAUUUCACGUCGUUUCCAAAGUUUGGCAUUUCUCCCUCACUCACGUGUCUUUUUAUCGUCGACUGUGAAAAGCUCACGUCCUUUCCAGAGGAUGGACUGCCUCUCUCACUCCUGGAACUUCGUAUUCUGAGGUGUCCUCUGUUGAUAGAACGCUGCAAAGGACGAGAGUGGUUCAAGAUAGCUCACAUCCCUCAUGUUAUGAUUGAUACUGAAUUCUUCUACAAACUAGAAGAGGAGAGUCAGUGAAUCCAAGUUUCGUUUAUAUGCAAGUCGAGUUUCAAGAAAUAAAUCCAAAGGAUCACAGGUGUUUGUUAAAUUGUCCAAGCAACCACGUAGAGAGAGAGGAGGCCUCCGAAUAAUUAGGUUGUGGCAGGUUUAUUACAGACUUUACCAAGCACUGAGAAGUGAGACCCUCCAAAAAUAGAUGGUUUAAAAUGCUGGAGCUACCUGAAAUAUCCACCAUGUGGAAGAGUUGUUUGUUCUUUUGUUGCUAAUGUGUUGUUUUCUGUCUUUCCUAAAAUGAACAACUUGUGUUGUCCUGUAUAUUAGAGGUGUGCAACUUUAUUUUACAAUAUUGGUUUCCAAUUUUGGUUUGUUUUUCUAGUCAUUUUUCCCCCUCUUUGUAUUGUUUUCUCAGUAACCAAGA